GUUCUUUCUGGGGCACAGUCAUAUGGUGCGUGAUUGCAAUUUAUCAGCGAGGUCUACUCCCCCUGCAGAUUAUAAUGGGCUGCUCACACUUCACCUGAGGCUGAUGAUCUGCGUGGACCAUUUGCCACUUGGUCCAUCUGCGUCACCUUCCACAUGUUCUAUGGUCCACCUCGUCCACCUGGUUGAUGGCGGAGGGGAAUUCGGUGCAUGAGUGCAGGUUUGAUGCUGCACUGAAAGUUUGGCGGAAUUUACCUGAUGAUGGUCCUGUUCAGCUGUCGGAUGACUUGAAGUUGAGGUUCUAUGGCUUCUUCAAGCAGGCAACAACAGGGCCCUGCAACAUUCCCAAACCUGGCUUCUGGGUCUCUGAGCAGAACGCCAAGUGGGAAGCGUGGAGUUCCCUUGGAGACAUGUCGAAAGAGGAGGCGAUGAUGGCGUACGUUGAGGAGAUGAAGACUAUUCUGGAAAGUCUUCCGAUAACGGAUGAGGUGGAGGAGCUGCUGGAUGUUCUGGGACCAUUCUACGAGGUCGAAGAAGAGGAGGCGAUGCCAGAUGAUGAGAGUUUCCCAAAGGCCACAAAGGGCAGUGAUGGGAUUUUGGGGGAUGAGGAGAGGAACGGCAACGUGGCGAGCAGUGACACUGACUUUGAGUCUGACAUAAGUGAGAGUGAAGAAGAGGAAGAUGAUGAGGAAGAAGGAGAUGAUGAACAGCAGGAGGAAAAGAAGGCGGAGGAAGGAUAUGUCUGUACAGCAGAGGACACCACGACUGGUCUCUCCUCAGACCACAGGGCUCCUUUCAGCGUGUCCUCGGCCUCUAGCCGUGCCCACAGCUCCCUGGACGGUGAAAAUAUGGAGGAGGAGCUGACUCGCAUCGCUCCGGCUCAGGAGGACAACCUCUGCGGCUCCAUGUUGUCUGGCUCGAGCUCACAAUCUGAAGCCCAGUUGGGACUCCGGAGUCCAGGAAGAGAUGGGGACCACAGAGGCAAAGAGGGAAGGGCUGUGGGUGGUGUGGACAAGCAGAUAGCCACGGUACUCCUCCGACUGGAGGAGGACAUGCAGCACAUACUGCAGAAGCUGCAUAAUCUGGAGACCCUUUCUGAAGAGCAGGCUCGAUCCAUUGCUGCAGUACAGAAUUACCCAACUUUUCCACGACACAAGGACACCACGCGGUGGCCUUUCGACAUCUCCCUGUGCACAGUGGUCUUUGCGGUGGCCUGGCCCUUCAUAGUGCACUGGCUGUUGCAGAUGUACCACCACCGACGGAGCAGAAAACUGAGUUGAGAACAAGAUGGCCUUUCUCUUAACGUCACCAUACUGCGAGCUCCUUGUAUCACUUCACUGCCUGCUUCCAAGAUCAUCUCUCCUGCAUUAGAA